AUGGAUGGAAACUUGCUUAGUGCGUUUCUCCGUAGGUUACUGAACAGACUGGAAGAGCCUUCUUCUGAGUUGAAGCACCUAGCAGCAGUUUCAGGGCAAAAGGACAUAUUUUUAAAGCUAAACCAGUGGAGUACUAUGCUGCGGAUUUUCAUGGAAGCUAUCGACUUUGAGCUCAACGAGGGGCUACUGUCGAAUGUGGAAGUGAAAAUGUGGCUGGAUCAAGUAAAAGAGUUGACCGAUGAUAUGGAGGAGAUACUGGAUGAGAUUUCCAAACAAGCUUCACAUCUCAAAAUGAUGGCUCAAAGUCAGACUACCAUGGGCAAGAAAAGUUCACUAAAGGGCCUCAUCCCUGCUUGUUUCACAGGUUCGAACACAAGGGCUGUUACGUCUUUUGAUGAUGAGAAUCUGAGUUCCAGAAUAAUUGAUAUAACUAGCCAAUUGGAAAAACUCAAUACCAAAAGAUAUGCACUUGGACUGAGAGUGACUCUUAGAGCUGUACUUUUCUCUGCGGGUUCCCGAGCCAAAACUAUUUAUGGGCGAGACGAAGAUAAAGAGAAAAUACUAGAAAUGGUGUUAAGGGAUGAAGCGAGAGAUCAUGCCAACUUUAGUGUAAUACCCAUCAUUGGCAGAGCAGGAGUUGGAAAAACAACGCUCGCACGACUUGUCUAUGAUGAUAAGGCAGUGGAAGACUUCAAACCAAGAGCCUGGGUUUCCCUCUACGAGAAUUCCAAUGUUUUCAGAAUCUGCAAGGCCAUUCUAGAGUCAAUCACAUCUAAAUCCUGUAAUCUAAAGGAUUUAGAUGAAGUGCUGGCUCAACUGAAUGGAGCAAUUUUUGGUAGGAAAUUCUUGUUUGUCUUAGAUGAUGUUUCGAUGGAAUAUCAUGGUUUGUGGGAAACUCUAAAGUCUUCCUUUAUGGCUGGAGCCCCGGGAAGCAAGAUAUUAAUGACAACCAGAGAAGUAGAUAUUGAGUUUCUAUUCAAUCUCAGUAUUCGACCUUAUCAGCUCGAGGUACUGUCAGAUGCAGCCUGCUGGUCCGUGUUCAAGAUGCAUGCAUUUGAUCGGCAGUAUGCUGGUUUACAAUUAAUUCGUGAAGAAGUUAUUGAUAUGUGUAAAGGCUUACCCUUGGCAGCUAGUAUUCUUGGUGGGCUUAUACGCUUUAAGUGGAGUGAUGAAUGGGAAUGUAUAUUGAACACUAAAAUAUGGGAUUUGACAGAGGAUAGUGAAAUUCUUCCUGUGCUAAAGUUAAGCUACCAACAUCUUCCUUUAUGGUUACAAAGAUGUUUUGUUUAUUGCGCAAUUUUACCUGAUGAUUAUGAAUUUGAAGAAAAGGAACUUGUUCUUCUAUGGAUAGCAGAGUGUCUAAUUGGCGGACAACCAGAGGAUGAGCUAAUGAUAUGUGAGCAGUUGGAAGAUAGAGGCAGUAAGAUUUUCCAAGAUCUAUUGGAAAGAUCUCUUCUUGAACAUUCAAGUAGUCAUGCUUUUAAAUAUAGAAUGCAUGACCUUGUCAAAACUAUGGCCCGAUGGAUUCAUGAAGAAACAGUAUAUUCCAGAUCUGAAGAUGUGCCGGGGGUCAAUGAGCAACCAGAGUGUGAUAAGAAAAAUAAAUUUGGACUAUUCUAUGAUGUUGACAACUUACGGACAUUUAUGCCAAGACUCCUAUGUAAUGAUGACAGUCAUCGUAUUACUGAUAUGCUUCUCUCAGAUUUGCUGCCAAAGUUCAAAAAGUUAAGGGUGCUAUCUUUGGAGAAGCACAAUAUUACGAAGUUACCCAAUUCAGUUGAAGGUUUGAGAUAUUUAAGAUAUGUCAACCUCUCGAGCACUAUGAUCAGAACAUUACCUGAUUCAAUAUGUUCACUAUUCAUCUUGCAAAUUUUGCUGUUAAGGGAUUGCUCUCAUCUGGUAGAGUUGCCUUCCAAUUUGAGGAAACUGGUUAAUUUAUGGCAUUUUGAUGUUACUGGUGUCAAUUUACUUAGAGAAAUGCCAUCAGGAAUGAAAGAAUUGACAUGUCUUAAAACAUUACUCAAUUUUAUUCUAGGCAAAGGUGUAGGCUCUUAUUUGAAGGAUUUGGAAAACUUAAAGUUUCUUCGUGAACUAUACAUUUCAAGAAUACAUAAUGUAAAAGAUACACAGGACUCCGUAUUAAUUGAUAAGAAGGAUCUGAAAGUGCUGGUAUUAGAGUGGGAUUCUCAGUUGGAUGACACACGAGAUGAGUCAGUGGAAGAAAAUGUACUGGACACUCUCCAACCUCACCAAAAUCUGAAAGAACUCACAAUCAAAGGCUACGCCAGUACAAGAUUUUCAUCUUGGCUUGGAGAUUCAACAUAUUCAAACAUAGUGCUGUUAACACUAGAAAGAUGUGAAAAAUGCACAGUAUUGCCUUCACUUGGAAGUUUGGGCUCGCUUGAACAGCUCACUAUUAAAGGAAUGAUAGAAAUAAAAAGGAUAGGUUCUAAGCUUUUCGGAAAAGAUUGUUCAACUCCUUUUAAAUCACUGAAGACUCUUUGUUUUGAAGAUUUUCAAGAAUGGGAGCGCUGGGAUCCUGUUGAAGAAAAUGAGGAUGUUGAAAUAUUCCCUAGCUUGGAUGAGCUAUCCCUUGUGAAAUGCCCCAAACUCCGUGGAAAGUUACCCGAAAUUGACUAUCAUUGGUUUAAACUUAGAAUUGAGGAAUGUGGGGUGUUAGAGGUUUUGUUCACAAGACUUCCAGGGUUUUGCGAAGCAGAAAUAGAUGGACGUAAGGCCUAUCUUAUUGAAGACGCAGAGCUAGGAUACGAAGUUCAACUGGAGUUAAGGCAACUAUUGUCUAGUGAUAGCUAA